AUGGAAAACAAAACUUUUACACAUAUUCAAAAUUCUUCAUCCAUAGUUAAUCAUUCAUUCAACAGUGGUACACGUAUAGUAAAUGCUUCCAAUUCAUUUGUUCUUUCUCCAACAAUAAACUCGUCAAUAGCAGCAGCGUCAUCCUUACAAACUUUACAGGCUAUUCCUAUAACUCGAUCAAUUCAAAUUUAUCCUGACAAUAAUAAUAAUAAAGGAUCAAAUAUUGUUAUUACUCAGCCAACAUUCAAAAAAUUAUUAGGUGAAACAGUCAAACAAGAGCAAUUAGAAGAUAAAUCUACACAAGAAGGAUAUUCUAUAGCAAAACAUAAAGUAACAAGUGCUGAAUCAAAAAUAAACGAUACUCAACCAUCUACAGUUAUUACUUCUGUUAAUCUUAAUCCGCGUGAAACAAUAAACGGCCUUUCAAAUAAUUCAAUGACAAACGUUGGUGCUCAUAUUAUGUCUACAUUAAAUCCAGUUCAUUUGCCAGAUGUUGCCGGAAAUUAUUUUGUCUCAAGUUUGCCAAGUGAUCUAGCCUCUAAUUAUAAAGUACAUCCAUCUUCAACUUCUGAUCUACCAUCGCCAUCGAAUUCAUCGAAUUCUUCGAAUCCUUCGUCAUCCAAUCAACACAAUCACUCAAACCAUCAACCAAAACGACAUGGCGAAGGUAACGACCCUAGUCGAAAACGAGAAAUGCGCUUACAAAAGAAUCGCGAAGCAGCACGUGAAUGUCGACGCAAGAAAAAAGAAUAUAUAAAAUGUCUUGAAGAACGUGUAACUGGACUUGAAAAUCAGAAUAAAGCCUUAAUUGAAGAAUUGAGACAAUUAAAAGAAUUGUAUUGUCAACGAGAAGAAACUAAUAAUACUACUAAUAAUAAUAAAACAACAACCACAACACGUUAG